UCCCAUCCCUUUUCCCAUCCAUCGAUGCUCUCGGUUUUCCAUACUGAUCGAGCGCUCCGCAGGUGGCUUACUCGGGCCUGCUGGAUCCCGGAACUUGUUCGGGAUUUUCAGGUAAAGGAUCCCGGAGAUGCGCGAGAAAACAAACCGCGCUCGCGCCAUAUAAACAACACGGCAGAGAGAGUCGCUCGCCAGGCAUCUGGUGUGAGAAUGAAUGCUGACGAUUGCAAUGGCCGUUCUUACAUGUCAGGCAAUGGAGAUUCUUCAACAGAACGAGAGUUUUUUGCAGGGCUAAGAGGACCUACCGUGAGCACUCCUAACAGUCAGCACUCUUCCCCCAGUCGCUCUCUCAGUGCUAAUUCCAUCAAGGUAGAGCUCUACAGCGAUGAAGAGGCAGGCGGCGCUCCACUUACAGAGAGGAGAAGAGGAGAGCGGGAUGAGGGAUGGAAGGAUGAUAAAGGAGACGUCCCAGAAGAGGGGGGAGUGGAGAUGGGUGGAAGGGUUCGAGGUCAGGGAGGAAGCAGCUGUGGGGAGAUGGGCAGCCCUGAGCCUGCUUCGCCUGGACCCAUUCGGCUGCCCAAUGGAAAACUGAAGUGUGACAUAUGUGGAAUGAUCUGCAUCGGUCCUAAUGUUCUGAUGGUACACAAACGCAGCCAUACAGGUGAGAGGCCAUUCCAGUGUAACCAAUGUGGAGCAUCCUUCACACAGAAGGGAAACUUGUUGCGUCACAUCAAGCUCCACUCUGGUGAAAAGCCUUUCAAAUGCCCGUUCUGUAACUACGCCUGCCGUCGCCGUGACGCACUUACAGGUCACCUCCGCACCCACUCUGUUUCCUCUCCGACUGUGGGAAAGCCCUAUAAGUGCAGUUACUGUGGCCGUAGCUACAAGCAGCAGAGCACACUGGAGGAACAUCGAGAACGAUGCCACAGCUACCUUCAGAGUCUGGACCAUCAGCCUGCACACAGCACCCAGUCUGCACAGGGUGAGGAGUCUCGCAACAUGGACAUGAUUCCUGACCCCCUGGUCCAUCCCUCCUCAGAAAAAAUGACCUUCAUUGAACGGGUGGCUAACAGCAUUACUAAAAGGAAGCGGUCGACACCUCAGAAGUUUCUAGGGGAAAAGCACAUGCGGCUGAACGUUUCCGAUGCACCUUAUGAACUCAGCUCCAGCCCUGAAAAAGAGCGAGAUGUGCUGGGUUCACACGCAAGAGGCGACCCCGCUGCUUUAGUAGGCGUAGGAAGCCGCUAUCUCCGAAGACCCCAUGGUGGAGGUGGAGAAAGAGGAGGAGGUGAAGACGUGGAUUCUCCGUGCGCCAUGCGGCUGCCUCCCCCUCACCCAGCCUGCAUGUCGGAGUUCACCCCCGUCAUCAGCUCGGCCUACCCCCACAUCACACCCCUGGGCCAGCGCCUAAACUGUGGAGGGGGUGUAUCCAUGGGCCUGGCUGGACGGGAGGCGGGCGAGGGCCAUGAAGACGUGCCCUCAGGCCGCAGCCAUGCCGCCUCGCCCAGCAACGGCUGCCAGGACUCCACAGAUAACGAGAGCAUGGCAGAGGAGCAGUGCAUCGUGGCCAGCGUCCCGCCUGGCAGCUCCAACCACCGCGGGCGAGAAAGGCACAGCCCCAGUCACGCCAAAGAAACAGACCUUGAGGUAGAGAGGGAGAGGGGCGUCCCUGGGGGCCUGCCAACGGUCCCAGCUAAAGGAAGCCCGCGGUCUCCGCCCACCUCCAGGGAUACCAUGCAGGUGGUGGACGGAGAGGGCCGGCCGGUGCGCUCCUUCCGCUGCGAGCACUGCCGCAUCUUCUUCCUGGACCAUGUCAUGUUCACUAUCCACAUGGGCUGCCACGGCUUCCGCCAGCCCUUUGAGUGCAACAUAUGUGGCCACCGCAGCCAGGACCGCUACGAGUUCUCCUCGCACAUCGUCCGUGGGGAGCACCAGGUGGGCUGAGAAGGGGUAGAAGGGCUGGUCUGCGGGUGGGACGGGUUUUUCGGAAGAGGGAGGAGGGUACUGACAGAGAGACGUAUGCUGCUUUUGAGAUGACACGGAGUCCAGUUUGGUCUGCACCAGAGUUGUGGGGGGACAGGACAAAUAAGCACUUGCUUUUACUGUUAAGUGAACACCAUGCUUUCCUAUUGAAGGCUGACUGACAAAGGCACAAACCGAAGAUGCUGGGGGGGGAGCUUGGCCUGGUGCAAUGGAGAGAGAUUAGAUUAGAACAGAGGGAGCGGAUCGCACCACCUGAUUGCACUCCCAAAUCAAUUUAUUUGGCAAGACGAAGCUGUUUUGCUUUAGAAGUGCCUUUCUUCAGUGGGGUUUACCUUUUCUUGGUUAGUUAGAGAAACUUGGUGCUUGAGCAUGCUGCAGUAGGAGGCAGGGCCGGUGAAAUCUUGCCAGCAGCAUUUCCACACAGUCUGUGUGUUAGAGGUUGUAAGUGAGCUUGUGAGAAUGUGUGCGAGACAGUGACUGUAAAA